AUGCACGAGCUCCCGACGCCCCUGGCAUCCUCUCCUCUUGGACGCGCGCGAAUCGGAGCCAAGAAGCAGCCGCCGGCGAUGUGGUCGCCGUGGGUCCGCCGGAGCAAGGCCUCCGGGCGGCUCACGCAGUCGCCGUCCUUCUCCUCGCCGACGGCGUCGUCGCCGACCUGCAAGGACUACCAGGGCAUCAGCGCCGUUCUCGACGACGCGGCGCCCGACGCCGCCGGCGCCGGCUCGGCCGGCAAGAGCGUCCUUCACCGCGCGCGGUCGGCGUCCAGGCUGCGCACGUGCAAGUCAUUCGCAGCGGCCGCGGAGGCCGCGGCGGCGGCGGUGGCCGGGGAGCGCCGCGUCGUGCUCUACUUCACCUCCCUCCGCGCCGUGCGCGCCACGUUCGAGGACUGCCGCGCCGUGCGCACCAUCCUCCGGGGCCUCCGCGUCGCCGUCGACGAGCGGGACGUGUCCAUGGACGCCGCCUACCUCGCCGAGCUCCGCGCGCUGAUGCGGCGGGACCGCCCGACUCUGCCGCAGCUCUUCGUCGGCGGCAGGCUCGUCGGGGACGCCGAGGAGGUGCGCCUCCUGCACGAGAGCGGGGAGCUCCGGCGCGUCCUGGCCGGAGCCGCGCAGGCCGCGCCCACGCCGUGCGCGUCGUGCGGCGGCUCCCGGUUCGUCCCCUGCGGCGCCUGCUGCGGCAGCCACCGGCGGUUCAGCGAGAAGACCGGCGGCUUCCGCGUCUGCGCGUCGUGCAACGAGAAUGGGCUCGUCCGGUGCGCCGCCUGCGGCUCCGUCAGCUGA